AGUUUUUCUUUCAGUCCUUUACUGAGGAGACAGAAGGAAUCCUACAAGCUGGCGUAAGAAAGCGUGUUUGGGGAGGGCGGGAACCUGAUUUGCCAAAUUUCUUAACUGAUCACGUUUAGACCAAAUUCAGUUAAAGAGAACAGGAGAUGAAGAAAACAAAUGAAAGAGAGGCCACUGAUCUGUCCACAGUGGAGACUGGUGUAAAGAACAUGGGGCUGGAGCUCACGAAAGGAGGAGAAAAUCCUGAGAGAAGCAGGAGGACUGAAGAGCAAAGACAAAGCCUUGGGGAUGGGCUUAGGCCUUCCACUCACCAGAGGAGGAGCCUACAACCUUUCACCAGGGCACGAAGUUUCUGCAAAACACAUGCCGGCUUGUUCAAGAAGAUCCUGCUGGGCCUGUUGUGUUUGGCUUAUGCUGCCUACUUCUUGGCAGCCUGCAUUUUGGAUUUCCAGAGGGCACUGGCCUUGUUCGUCCUCACCUGUUUGGUGCUCUUGGUCCCAGUUCACCACUUUCUAAAAAGAUUCUUUGGUGAAAAAUUAACAAGAUGUCUGAAACCCUUUCAAAAGUUCUGCCUAAAGGUUUGGAUCAAAUGGGUGUUCGCAGGAGUCUUCUUGAUUGGCCUUAUCCUGUGGUUGGCUCUAGACACAGCCCAAAGGCCUGAGCAGUUGAUCCCCUUUGCAGGAGUCUGCAUGUUCAUCCUCAUCCUCUUUGCCUGCUCCAAACACCACAGAGCAGUGUCCUGGAGGGCAGUGUUUUGGGGUCUGUGUCUUCAGUUUGUCUUUGGGAUCUUGGUCAUCAGAACCGAUCCUGGAUUUAAUGCAUUUCAAUGGCUGGGAGACCAGAUUCAGAUUUUCCUGAACUACACUGUGGCUGGCUCCAGUUUUCUGUUUGGAGAUACGUUGGUCAAGAAUAUCUUUGCUUUUCAGGCCUUACCAGUCAUCAUUUACUUUGGAUGUGUGAUGUCCAUUCUCUACUACCUGGGCCUUGUGCAGUGGGUCGUGCAGAAGAUUGCUUGGUUUUUGCAAACCACCAUGGGCACCACAGCCACAGAGACCCUGGCUGUGGCAGGAAACAUCUUUGUGGGUAUGACAGAGGCACCUCUGCUCAUCCGUCCAUACCUCGCAGACAUGACGCUCUCUGAAAUCCAUGCAGUGAUGACUGGAGGAUUUGCCACCAUUUCGGGCACUGUGAUGGGAGCCUUCAUAUCUUUCGGGAUUGACCCAUCAUCCUUGAUUUCUGCCUCUGUGAUGGCUGCUCCUUCUGCUCUUGCCUUGUCAAAGCUGGUAUAUCCAGAAGUGGAGGAAUCCAAGUUCAAGAAUAAGGAGGGGGUAAAAUUGCCCCGUGGGAAGGAGAAGAAUGUUCUGGAAGCUGCCAGCAAUGGAGCCACAGAUGCUGUAGGCCUUGUUGCUAAUGUAGCAGCCAACCUGAUUGGCUUUUUGGCUGUGUUAGCCUUCAUCAAUGCUGCCCUCUCCUGGCUAGGGGAGUUGGUAGACAUACAAGGGCUCACUUUCCAGUUGAUCUGCUCCUAUGUCCUAAGGCCUGUGGUUUUCAUGAUGGGUGUAGAGUGGGCAGACUGUCCGAUGGUGGCUGAGAUGGUGGGGAUCAAAUUCUUCAUAAAUGAGUUUGUGGCCUAUCAGCAACUGUCUCAAUACAAGGACAAACGUCUCUCUGGAGUAGAAGAGUGGAUCGGCGGUGAGAAACAAUGGAUUUCUGCAAGAGCUGAAACCAUUACAACAUUUUCACUUUGUGGAUUUGCCAAUUUAAGUUCCAUAGGAAUCACACUGGGAGGCUUGACCUCAAUGGUUCCCCACCGGAAGAGUGAUUUAUCCAAGAUUGUGAUCAGUGCCCUCUUCACAGGGGCCUGUGUAUCCUUCAUCAGUGCCUGCAUGGCAGGAAUCCUCUAUGUCCCCAGGGGAGCCGAAACUGACUGUGUCUCCUUCCUAAAUACAAGUUUCACCAAUAGAACCUAUGAGACCUAUGUGUGCUGUGGAAGUCUCUUUCAGAGUACUUCUCUGAAUGGUACCAACCCUCCUUCUUUUUCCGGUCCGUGGGAAGAUAAAGAGUUUAGUGCUGCAUUAGCCCUUGCUAACUGCUGUGAACUCUAUACCAAUGCUGUGUGUGCCUAAGGCUGGCCCAUUUCCAUAACAGUCUUGAUCUUGACAGCUUUUUGAUGGUAAAUGUAUUUAUAUGUACUCAAGUGUUCCCUCUCUACAACUAACUCACCACGAUCUAUAACAGUAAAUGUAAAAAUUUCAUUUUGGUUCACUGUAUGCCAAUAAUGAAAAGUAGCAUUUGUCUUUCCAUUAUUUGCUGAACCCAAUAGGAAAUUCCUUAUGGGCUUUGUCUGAACUUAUAUGUGAAAUAACAAAUAUUAUCAUAUUAAAAAAUAUCUUGCAAAUCUUGCUUCUACUUGCCAUUUUAAAAAUUAUGUGAUGCAGUCUGCUAAAAAUGUGAUUUGGUAUGUAAUGUGUACUGAAGUGAAAAGCUGGAGUUCUGUGGACAAGCUGGGUUUAUGAUGCUAAAGGUACACAUCAAAGUUACAUGACUAUUAAGAUUUUUUUCUCGUAAUCACACAUUUGUAAACCUCCAAAUUCCUUAACAUCAAAAAAGUAUUUCCUGUGUACAAACUGUUUUAGCAUUCUGCUUUAGUGCCAGAUUUGCUUCAAGAUUACAGGAAAUACUUUAAAACAGUGGUUUUCAGUGGGAAGGGAGCAUUUUGCCUCCCAGGGCGUAUCUGACAAUGUCUUGAGACCUUAUUAGUUAUCACAACUGGGUAUGCUACUGACAUCUACUGGGUAAAGGCCAGAAUUGCUGCUAAACAUCCUACAAUGCACAGGUUAGCCCCCACAACAAAGAAUUUUCUGGCCCCAAAUGUCAACAUUACUAAGAUUGAGACACCCUAAUUGCAAAUGUUUAAUAUAUUUCUUAUAUCUAAUAUUAUUUAUAAUAUCAGUAAUAUUAUAGCCUUAAAGAAGAGUUUCAACAGGAUUCCUCAAAAAGUUACACAGAAUUACCAUCACCCCACAAUUCCAUUCCUAGGUAUCUACCCCAAAGAACUGAAAACAGGUACUCAGACACAUACAUGUACAUGCAUGUUCGCAGCAGCACUAUUCACAAUAGUCAAAACAUGGACACAGUCCAACUGUACAUCAGUGGCUGAAUGGGUAAAAAAAAUUGUGCUAUGUACAUAUAAUGGAAUUUUAUUCAGCCAUAAAAAGCAUGAAGUACUGAUAUAUGCUAUGUACAAAGAGGAAUCUAGACAACAUUAUGCUAAGUCAAAAAAGCCAGAUACAAAUUAUUGCAUGAUUCUGUUUUGUAUGCUUCCAUUUAUAUGAAAUAUGCAGAUGAGAUAAAUCCAUAGAGGCAAUACAGAUCGGUGGUGCCAAGGGCUGGGGAGAGUGGGGAACCGGGAGGACUACUUCAUGAGUAUGUGGUUUUACUUUGGGGUGAUAGGAAUGUUUUGGAACUAGAUAGAGGAGGUGGUUGCACAACAUUGUGAAUGUACUAAAUGUCACUGAUUUGUUCACUUUGAAAAUAUUAAUU